AGUGACACAGACAGUCGUCUGCUGAAGCCCUCUGCCGCAAGGGCUUGUCCAAAGAUGGGUUUCUUCACAGUUUUCUUAGCAAUGGCGCUGGCAGUGUCUCUGAGUUGGUCAGAGGUACAGGGUGCCGAUCCUAUCAAAGAUCUUACCAGAGAUAUUGAGGACCUGCAAGCAAAAUUUACCGACCUAUCCAUGGAAGUAUCCAGGCUGUCAAGCGCAUUGAAGGGCAACCAGGUGGCACUGACAAAACUAAAGGCAACUGAGUUGAGCAUUACCGAGUUGACAAACGAUGUGACAGAACUGAAUGGCGAGCUCGGAGAGGUUCAAACCGGGUUCUUAGCCCUUCAACAGGAGUACGAGACACUGAAUGGCGAGCUGGACCAGUACAAGAUCCAACUGUCUUCACUGGAUGCCAGUUCUCAGGCCAACAUCGACGAACUGAAGGAGCGCCUGCAAAGUCUUCAGAAUCUCCUUCGCGAGGCCAACGAUGAAUUCGACUACGAGCUGUACGAGCAGCAGCAACAUUUCACCGAUACGCUGGAGAGCCAACGGCUGGAGCAGACCGAUGCGCAAAACGUCCUUCAGCAAGAGUUUGAGAUGCUGAAGAGAGUCAGCGAAACGCGCGAGGCGAACGCAGUGGAUGAGCUGCAGCAAGUUCUCGAAGACGCGAAUGCUGCGCUCGCUGAUUCUGCCAACGACGACCGCCUGACGGGUCUGGAAACGCUCGUCGACACACUACAGGAGCAGGUCGAGCUUCUUAGCCAACAGAUGACCGAACAUGAGACAGAGAUGCAGUCCAUCGAGCAGUCUGUUCAAACCACAACAGAAGAUAUUGGCGACCUGGACAACAGGCUGGAGGCACAGCAGUCCGAGCAAGUCUCCUUCCAAGGUGACCUGACGGGGGUGCGAUUUAACGUUACGUCCCUCAGAUCUGAUACAGAGGACUUGGAAGAGCAAAGCCUGGCGGCAAUUGCACAGCUUGAGGAUCAAGGAACCCGUCUGGAUCAUCAGGAGGAAGAACAGGAAGGAAUACAGGCGCAAGCAGAUCAGUUAGAGACCACCUUCAAUGAGCAGAACGAAAUCGUGGAACAACGCCUGACAGACGCUGAAACGAGGAUUGCCACUCUAGAGACAGAGGGAGCUAGCGCUCAGGACAGAAUCACGGCGAUCGAGUCCACUGUCCAAACUCUGGGCGGCACCGUCAGCGAAGUAGAUCAGCGAGUCGACGAACAGCAGACGACGCUGGGGACACUACAAGAAACCGUCGACAACCAAGCGUCAGAAAUCCAGUCCAUCAACAGCUCUCUCCAACAGGCGGUUCAACAGCAGGUGGGACUCCAACAGUCCUACGAAGACCUGCAGCAGGAGGUUCAAGAGCAAGAGGUCCUGACAGAGCAGCGUUUGCAGACCAUAGAAUCUGGUAUAGACGCCGGUGGAUCUGGUGGAGAUUUUACGGCAAGUGUGGCGGCUUUGCAGGAGGUAAUGGACGGACUGCAAACGAGCCUGACGGAGGUGAACGCGUUGGGAACCUCGUACAACACAGAGGUCCAAACCACGCAGCAAACUCUCAGCAGCUACGCCACGCGCAUCCAAGUCGUGGAGGAGGCACUCGGUGGUGCAGACCCAGGCGCUCUACAGCUACAGAUAUCAAACUACGAGGCUACGUCAGCGCAACGUUUUGGAACGUUGGAAGCGAACAUUGCUGCCAUCAGCACCUCUAUAGACGCAGUUGAAGCCCAGAUAGCCCAGAUGGAAGGAACUGCUGGCUCUGUGAGUGGUCUAUCUGGCCAGGUCGCCCAGCUCAACACGCAGGCUCAAACUAACAGCCAAACCCUCAGCGCCGCAUUGGCAAGCAUUCAGGAGCUUCGUACCGACUAUCAGGACCUCUUUGACCAGACAGAAUCGUUUGAGGGGAUCGUCAACGAACUGGAGACAAACUACCAAGAGGUGCUGACACAGCUGGCCGACGUUGCCACUUCGCAGGACAUAACCGACGUACGGUCUCGACUUGUGGAACUCGGGGAAUCAGUAGACACCCUGGAGAGCGAAGUUGACAGCAUGCACGCAGGAUCAACAACCUUCCAAACAGAGCUGCGAAGCGAUGUUGACGAGAUCACCACCACGGUGCAAAACAACGAAGUGAAGCUGACCGAACUGGAAAACAAUGCCCCACCGGCGUCCCUGUCCACAACUGUUGCCGGUCUGCAAGAAACGGUUUCCGGGCUUUCUGUCACCACAAGCCAGCUAAACACAAGGGUCAGCAGUGCAGAGACCAGUGUUGCAAACAAGAGGAGCAUCGCCUGCGAAAGCGGUGAGAUCUACAACAGCAAUGUAGGCACGGGAACAACAAAGAGCAAUUACUUCUACUUCUCUUCUGGUUUCACAUCCACCCCAGUCAUCGUACCCUCCAUCACAUUGGUCGACACCGCUCACUACAGAAACAACAGGGUGGAAAUCUACACCAGCAGUGAAUCGACGAAUGGGUUCUGGCUGACUGCUCGCACUUGGGGUGACACUUACUCGUGGGGCGUCAAGGGAAAAUUCAUCGCCUGUGGCUACGUCUAAACAGAACAACAAACAAACAAACAAAGAAGAAACAGAAGCCUGUUGAGAAAAAGGAAUCGCCUUGGUACUUCAAUAUUCUUCAAUAAGUGACUUUUUUAAAAGACAUAGAGACAUACCUUCAAAUUGUCGAUGUCUUGCAGCAGAUCUUGUUCACAGAGUGACUUAGUCUCGCGAGAGAGAACGAGACAAGGUCCAAACUUGC